GUAUAUUAAGAAUGUCCCCUUGUGAUGUUUUUUUUUAACUCAGACGGAAAGGAAUACCGAAAUUGAAUUUUCCGGACAGCAGUGAAAGACGUAAACUGGUGUAGAACUUCUGCUUUGGGAAUAUACAUGAUAAUUUUAAUAGUAAGUUCCUACACUCGACAAUCAGACACUGUGACUUGUGAAGUUAACUCGACGAUAGCUCUGUACUACUAAGUUACUAAUGUCUCCUGAAAGUAUGCAAUUGAAAAUUUAAGUAUCUUUUAUGUAUGUUUCUUUUAUGUCUUUUUUUAAGUGUCUUUUAUGUUAUAUGUUGUACGAUUAUGACAUCGUUUAAGCCAGUCGCUGAAAGGUAAAGAUCCUUUUUAGCAAAGCAUAUUGCAUACCUCCAGGCACACUAUACCCUGACGUGAACAGUGAAAGUUGUACAUAAGAAAAGUCUGUUGGUAACAUCUUACACAUUCAGAAACAAGGUUAGAGGAAGAAAUACUUAGCCUAGUACUAGAACUCGAAUUACUAAGUUUUUACAGCUAUAACACCACUAUGACAGCUGCUAACGAUAUUACAACCGCCAUUAACAAUGCCUACACUGUCGUUACUACGGCGAAACAUUUACCUUCCCAGUGCUACCAAAAUGGUUUCAUAAAAAAAACCUUAUACCAUAUCACCUACAACUGUUGGAUUUUAUGUUACUUUUGCUCCUCUUUCUCCGGCAAAAGCCCCACCAUAGGGUUGUCUACACGGGGUUAAUCGAAAACCCACUUAGCAACCCGAAAUGAGCCGAAGUCUACGCACACUGUCAUAAAUCUAAUUCACCCCCUUGCUUUAAGCGCUGUGUGCUUGAAUGCGACGGCCUAACCGCUUUCUCCCUUCGACCUGUAGACGAAUAUCAAACACAAAACGGAACCAAAAUAGGGAUCGGCCGUUUUCGGGAGCGUAAUUUAAAAAAAAAUCCGAAUAACAAUCCAAACUCCCAUUCCAAAAACAUAAUCCCUAGAGUCUUUAUGAUGUUUUUCUCCUGAACUGUCCUAUCCUCAAACAGCUUACUGCUACCAUCGCUUGUUGAGUAAAAUAAUGUCACGAUAAAUAAUUUUUUUUUAAUUUUUAAUUAUUUAUUUAUUUAUUUAUUAUUACGAUUUUAUGCCGUAUUGUCUCCACCACGUUUGAUGAUUACGAAAUUGUAAAUUCACGAAGAAAACAAAUUUUACAAAAUUAACAAGGCAUUUCCUCCUCGUUAUUUUCCUUAUCCCGGGCAUGCACGGUUGCGAAGGGAAAAUUGGUGGUUGUUGUCCAUUUCUAUUGCCGUUGUUUUGUGUGUUGUGGGUUUUUGUUCCGGUACUAUGGAUGUGGCUACAAAAAAUAAUGUAGAAGUAGAUAUUUUUAUGAUGCCGGUGGUCGUGGCGAUAAUGGCGCCGGUCUUCACACGGCAGGACCGCCGAUCAAAUCAAAUUCGAACCGUUCCCUCGUAGACAAAGCAGACUUCCUAAAAUGAUAACAUUUUGGAAAUAAUCUUGACAAGGUUAAAAUCAUUCGACGUUAAUAUGGAUUGCAUGAGCCGCUAUUUGUUAUCAAUGAAAGGACAAAACUUCUUCUUCCUUGGCACUACAACCUUGAAAGAUCUCGGCCUGUCAUUUCUGGUUUUCUGUGACUUGAUUUUACCCGUAGCAAAGUAGUCCCUGGAUGGGCAAAACAGCUUAUCCAAAAAUCAUCGAUUCGUUAAUUAUUUUGUACUAAAACAACUGUCAUAUUCGUUCAUAUCCUGCCGCAACGUUACUUCACUACACAUUUACGUUAUUUACUUUGUGGAACUGUAACGACAUAUAAUAGAAGGCACGUCGUUGUAUAUAAUAUGCCAUACCGCGAUAAAACGUUGUUGAUCUCAUUGAAUUGAUUGAAGCACACAACAAUUGUACCAGCCGCCUUCAAACUCUGUAAUGGAAAGCGUGCGUUGGGCAGUAAUUUUUAAAAAAUAUCAAAGGGGUUCGCAAAUAAUUCACCAAAUGCACCGCGAACUACGAGUGAUAGGUUCAGAAUCAAUGGAAAUUGAAAACUAAGCAGAUAAUAGCUCCUUAUCAUGUAAAGGGAAUAAAAAGAUUAUAAGAAGGACUUGUAGACCAAUUACAAUACUUAUUCCUAAACUCGUAGAACUACCUUGGUUGCAAAAGCUAUAACCACGAAAGAGGAGGAGUCACCCAUACAAGAUUCAUUUUUUGUGUAUACGCAUCAUAGCAACCCUUUCUGGUUCAUGGCCCACCGUACUCUUCAGAAUGUCAUUAUUGGUUUGAAACUUCGGUGGUUCGGCAGACUGAUGACAUUGUGAAGAGUACGGUGCAUUAUGAACUUUAAAGGGAUGCAAUGAUGUUGUAUACACAAAAAUAAACAUGUGUGCGAAAUCCGACCGUGUUCGGGUUCUGAAUCGGGAAUCAUUGUUACUUCAAGACUUUAUGAAUGGGUAUUGUAGUCAUAGUAAUUAAAUCAAUUACAAAGAAAAACGGCCAGGCCUCUUGUUUUAUAUUGCGUAUUAGGGUUGCAUAUUUUUUUAUUUAUCCAUCUCUAAAUAUUAAUUGGCCUACAAACUGUGUUUGUACAAGCAAACUUUCUCACUCUCCAUUCAUAAAAAUUCUUGAUUCCUAACACACAUGGUUUCGUUCCAUUCUUGAGUUUACAAAAUCUGAGCACAAAAAUAUCAUCAUAACAUUACCCUUAAGAUAUCUUCAACACUUUACAAAAUGCGUCUAUCAUAGGUAAAUAAAAUCUUAGGUGUUACCACGUAGAAAAAAACAACCAUGCUAUUGCACGGAUGUGCGACGUGCAUAGCACCCCUUUGGGUAAAAAUGUGCACAGCUUCGUAUCCCUCGUGUUCAUGUGUAUUCGGUUACAAGUCAUUUUCACUCUAAGCUCAUUUUGAUUUUUUUUGCUUUUCAAAUAAGAAUUAAGGUGAACGGGUAAAGAGUAAAAAAAUAUUUUAAAAAGUGGGUUGUUUUGUUCAGUGAUUCAACACAACUUUUUAUUUCUGUAAACAGCAUUAGUAUGUAUAUUGUACCAGAUAAAUGGCAUAUUUUUUUUAAAUAAUAAAGGGGUUGAUAUUGAGUAAGUGAAACUAUUUAUUACAACUUUGCUAUUGUUUUUGCCCGUACUAGUUGUGUGUUGCUGCAUCCAUACAUGUUUAUGCAGCAUUUUUCAUACAUUUUUAUAAUGUAUGGACUUAAUUUCGAUUGAAAAGUAGACUGGCAUGAUAGCCAUUUAAAUUUCCGACAUUGUACCAAAAACAUCAGUUAUUUUAAACGAUAGGAAUGAUCAAGGAUGAGCAAUAAGAUACCAGCUAGGGGGUUUUGUUUACGUUUGGGAGUUUGGAUUGUUACUCGGUUUUUCUAAACUAAACUCUCGAAAACGGCGGAUCUCGAUUUCGAUUUUGUUUUGUGCUUAAUAUUUGCCUACAGGUCAAAGGGAGACCGGCGACAGGCUGUCGCAUUCGAACGUAUGGUGCUUAAUGCAAAAAGGGGAAUCAGGUUUAUGGUAGUGUGCGUAGACUUCGGCUCAUUUUCGGAUUGGAAUCUGGGAUUUCGACUAACCCCGUGUAGACAGACCCAUAAAAGCCCAUCUCUCGCGUCUACUUGCGAAGGGUGGAUUGGGAGGGUAGGGAGAAACGAAAGUAAAUCACCGACCCCCAAUAACCCUCCCCCCCAACCAGAGUCUCCAGACAUUUAUGUGUGUGAAUGUGGUUUUCCUCUCUCUUUCUCCCUUUCUCUUUCUUUGUAUAUCUGCCUCUCGCUCUCUCUUUCUCACUCAUUCACUGCCCCUGUUUCUAUAUCUUGUAUUCUUUUAUUCUCUAACACAUACACACAUACACCCUUCCGUUUUCUCUUUCUCUCCCUCUCUCCUUCUCGCUGUCCGGUUUUAAAUUUUUCGUGGGGUUGUUCAAUUUAUGUUCACGUUUUCUGUUUGUUUUAACGCGAAAAGCAUACACGAGAGCAGUCGAUUUUGGGCGAGGGACAGGAUUUACAAUGGUGUGUGCUUAAAGAAAAACAGGCCCGUGACCGUUUUCAAAAACCUGUACCGGCAACAAAUGGCUCUAUCUUGUACGGGUUGCGAAUACGACCAUUUAGAACUUAUUUAUACACCCUUGUUAAAGGGAGAAAACACAUUCUUCAGAGAUUUCCAUUCACCACAAGAACACUGGAAAGAUUCUUGCAAUCGUAUAGUAAAAAAAUAAUUGUUCAGUCCCUCUGACCUAGUAAAGUUUGUUUGGCAUACACACGCAAUAGGUAAAAAAGUAGGAUCAAUAACAGUACACAGCCGUUUUGGUAUGAAAAAAAUUAAGUAACUAAAAGAACUCCGAAAAAGUCACCCACACCUUAGUUUAUUUGUUAUUUACAUUAAACGAAGCAAAAAAAUGCUUUUACGUAACAUUCCGUGUUGACGUUGUGUGAUGUUGUUUUUUUAUAUCUAAUUUAAUUUUUGAGUUCGCAUUAUUUUAUUUGGUUAAGAACCUAAGCAGCAAUGGCAAGGCAAAAUUUUCUGUCAUCAUGUUUUAAAGAAAUCUUACUUUGUUUUUAUUUAACUAAAGCUUGCAAAGAAUAGUUUCCAAUGUGCAAAAUACAAUUUGGAUUUUCGGUUUAUUUAUUUCACAUAAUUAUAGCACCUCCUUUAUAGUACCAUUUGAAGCAACGCUUGAAACGUUUUCAUGUAGCGUUUCAUGCGGUUUCAAAGCUACUUUAAGAUUAAAGGGUUUGAUAAUCAAGCCUAUUUAAAACGUCAGUAAAUGCGACAGUGGUCACUUAUAAUUUUCUUGAUGAAAUUAAGAUUUUAGUUUUUCUUAGAAGGAAAUUAAGUUUUGCCUCAACAGGGUGAAAAUGGGUGAAACGCGUAACACAACCACACGUGCACAUUUUGCCAUAAAACUAUAAACUGUUGCUCAUAUGCUGGCGAUUAACUACAAUACACAAUAACCGACCACCGCCCAAGGCCCUCCCUGACCCCGCUACCCUCUGUACCCUACACACACGUUAUAAACAAAGCAAACAUCUGCUAACUUAAAAACAAAAACCGAAUGUUUGCUACUAACUACCUACACCUAACUAAGAAUGUACGAUUUCAUUAAAGCGCAAAUGAAAUAACUUUUUUUCAACUUAAAUCACAAUAACCUUUCUCUCAAUGCCAACCAUCCCUUUCUCCCUCUUAACAAAAAAAAAAAACUCUACCUCCACUCCGCCUAUCACCGAAUACGACUCAUUUACAAUUAAACCCCGUUUCUAAAUAUCUCAGUGCCGACGGCAAUUUCGAGGUGACGUUAGCAACAAAAGCAACCAUAUAUUCGGAAGGUUUGGUUGAAUGGAAACCACCUGCCAUUUAUAAAUCAUCAUGUGAAAUUGACGUAGAAUAUUUUCCAUUCGAUGAACAAACAUGCGUGUUGAAAUUUGGAAGUUGGACAUAUGAUGGUUUUAAGGUUGACCUGCGGCAUAUGGACGAGAAGUCCGGCAGUAACAUCGUAGACGUCGGGGUGGACUUGUCCGAGUUUUAUAUGUCCGUCGAAUGGGACAUCUUGGAAGUGCCAGCUGUAAGGAAUGAGAAGUUCUACACCUGCUGCGAUGAGCCGUACUUGGACAUCACAUUCAACAUCACGAUGCGCCGGAAGACGCUCUUUUACACCGUCAACAUCAUCAUCCCAUGCAUGGGCAUAUCGUUCUUAACCGUGCUGACGUUCUAUCUGCCAUCGGACAGUGGAGAAAAGGUAACGCUUUCGAUAUCAAUAUUGAUUAGCCUUCACGUGUUCUUCUUGCUGGUAGUCGAAAUCAUACCGCCAACGUCGCUAGUUGUGCCUUUGUUAGGAAAGUAUCUCAUCUUUGCCAUGAUACUUGUGUCCAUUAGUAUAUGCGUCACGGUAGUGGUGUUGAACGUCCAUUUCCGAUCACCUCAAACCCAUCGAAUGGCUCCGUGGGUGAAAACAUUUUUUAUUGACUUUUUACCACGAUUCCUGUUUAUGAAACGGCCACCGUACGUUGAAAACCACAGAAAACUGCUAUCCAAAGACCUACACGCUUGCUUUUAUCCUUAUUACUCGACUACUACAUUAAAUCGUAUAGCUCGUUUUACUAAUAGGGCUCCAUCUAAAGAAGACCUUUCUCCGUCAAGUUUGUCAGGUACGGGACCGUUUGGUGGAAGCUGCCAAAUACAUGGGCCGAUCCAGCUGCCCCAUUCGGAGUCGGAAGAAUUGUCGAUGUCAACAGCCGCCGAUACGGCCGUCCCGUCCGGCAUCAAGAGCCCAGCAUUCAAGCAACCAGCCUUUUCGCACAGCGUCUGUUCGACCGAGGUACAUCGAAGUUGUUUUUGUGUCCGGUUCAUCGCCGAGCAUACCAAGAUGCUGGAAGAUUCGACAAAGGUAAAGGAAGACUGGAAGUACGUCGCCAUGGUGCUCGAUCGACUGUUUCUCUGGAUCUUCACAUUGGCAGUGUUGGCUGGCACAGCCGGCAUUAUACUACAGGCCCCUACGCUCUACGACGACCGGAUACCGAUCGAUAAGACGUUCGACGAGCUGGCCACCUCGACCGUCGUCCGCUGUCCCCCGCAAUAACGCUCGCCGGCACUGUCGCAACUACCGGUUGGCUUUAGUUUCGGGUUCGGGUUGCUACUCGUGUGUGCCGCAGCCCUCAGCAGCUGCCUUUUCAUGUACGCCCGGCUGCGGGUCGCACGGUGUGGCCAGUCGGCCAAAGCGAACGAUCUGCUGGCUGUAGCGAAGCGGGCAGGUUAUAUGAUAGGGACGAACCAGGAACCAAGCUGCGUAGCGCGGUAGGGCGGUGAAGAGUGCAGCAUGUCCACCGGAGUAUCCAAACUGUAAUUUCUCCGUCAUUCCACCUAUUUUUGCGAUGGUCAACAUACGUUGCGAUACGCGCCUGGCAGUAUCGUCCACGCCGAAACAUCUGAGCAAAGGGAUCAGGGCUUUUCUUCACAUUUUCCCCUUUUUUAUACUCAUCUCUCGCAACCUCGGUACCCUGCCAAAUUUUGAUCAUCAGUUAAUAUAAGACAACUUGUUUAUGACUACGUUUAUGACCAUGUUUUAGACUACGUUUGGCUGUACAUAUUCCACACGGUGCGAUGUGACACUAGCAAAACAAAACAAAAAAAAACGGGAAAUACCGACACGUAUAAAAAGAAAGCAUAUAAAAGCCGAGACAAAUUUAUCAGCAAAGGUAGAUAAAUACACUCACAACCGUAAGCAUUAAAAACAACAACACACAUACACACGUCAAGCAGUAUUAUAUAGAUACAGAUAAUAACUACAAGAGUUAACAUUUAAGAGUAAGGUUUAAACGAGUAGAAUUUUUAUGUCUAUAAAAAACAAUACAAAACAAAGCAAGAUAAAGGAGUGCGAAACAUUAAACGGGAAAAUGGAUGAGACAAACGAAAUACAAUAUUUUUUUAUCGAACUAUGCAAUACAAAAAUAAAAAAUUUGCCUAACACCUCUCCCUCCCCUUCCACUUCAUCAUCCCACUUCUUUUUCCUUUAUCCCUCCCCUUUUCCUUUAGAAAAUACAUGCGUAUGCGGGAAAGAUUUGACAGCGGACAAGAUUCAUUUUACAAAACAUGAAACUAGUAAAAAAAAACAAAACAUAAUACAUCAACAAUUGUGAACAGAAGAAAUAAUAGCAAAAACAAACCCGUCAACAAGGAGACAAGUUAACGCAAUCACGCAAAAACACACACGCCAACAAGGAGACAAGUUACGAAUAACCGACGGAAACAUGAUAAGAAAGCAAAGAAGUGUUAAAAACGAAAUAUAAAAAAUGGAAAUGAAAGCUUUUCUCGCUCGAAAGGGAAUGAAGCAAAAGGUAGCUGAACAAAACAAAACGAUAUAAAACGGCUUAAAGAAAGUUAUGGGAAACAAAAGCAUAACAGCAACACACAAAACCAAGUGUCAUUAUGCAUCGGGAUGGACAAAAACAAAUUAUGUGGAUGUGUGAAAUGGAAAGAAAGAUAAAAAGAGAAUGUUAUUAGAAAAAAAACUAAACAAGAAGGAUAGUAAGAAAGUAAACCAAACAGGUAUCAUAGUUUUAACAAAGGCAAAGAAAAAAAAACAAACAACCCGUUGAAAAGCAAAACGAUUUAAAAUCUGUAUUUCAACAAAGUUAAGAAAACAAUGCGUAAACAAAACAAGCAAAAAAACACAUAAAUUGGACAACGGCUAUUGUUGUUAUGUGGUUAACAAAAUUAAACAAACAAAAACAAAACCGUGGUAGGCACUUGAACAAUGAUAUGGUAUAGAUUCACCUUGUUCUAACUCGGUUACAUCCACGUGGUAGUAUCUUGUAAUACGGUGUAAUCAAAACAAUUUAUAGAAGAGAGAAAAAAGGGACAAAACCAAAACUAUUUCCGGUGCAAAAUGUGUUGGGUAGGGCACACGGAUAAGUUUUUUUUGUAAUACAUAUAUACAAUAGAUUUUUUUAAACCGUUUUCCUUUUCGAUAAUUUCAAUUACGUUCAUUGUGAAAGGUGUGUGUGAGUGUUUUCUGUUUUAAAGUAGCAUACAUAACAAAACCUUUGACAUGAAAAACUGAACUAAUCUGAUGAAGCAUAGUAAUUAUUGCAAAAACAAAACAAGGGUGGAAAAAAUAUACUAGAGGACUAUGUUAACUAGUAAAAAAAACAUUAAAUCACAAAACUGCGGAAAACAAGAAGAAAAAGGUAGCUUUAAGCAUACAACGCAGCACAAAGAAUCUUGCUCAAUUAAAACGCUACACUGUUGUACUACUACUGGUUAAAAUGAUGAGAAAGGAUGGGCGAGAGGAGGGAAGUCGUACGACAGGGUAAACCUCGGCCUACUUUCAAGGUUACAGAUGAUUGGCCUGUUGUAGCAAGAUUUAGUUAUAGAGCCCUCCAGAAACUCUUUCUGCAACCAAUAUGAUCCACCAAGUCGCACGCAGCUCCCACGUGCGCCCAGAACGUCUGCACGGUAGGAUUAACAAACAUCGAAACGGUUGGUUUGCGGAGAGAUUCGUUGAGUAUACCGCAAACCAAAAAAAAGGGAAAUACAUAGGAAAAAAAAAUUAAACAACAUAUACUGCCAGCGAAAAAAUAACACGAACGAAACAGGCUAGGUAUAGAUGAAUGUUUAUAACGCUGUUUCGUUUAUUGCGCGUAACGCGGUGUCAGUAGAACGGGGGUAGAGAUGGCCGAAUCAAGCUCAAA